AUGCAACUGACACUCAAGACAUGGGAUGAUAAUUCUGUCGAGAUGAACGUGACCCAUUGUGGUAUCUGCGGCUCGGAUAUUCAUACCUUGGACGAGAACUGGCGUUCUGCUAAUCGCCCCCUAGUAGGUAAGAACGUUACCAAUCUCAAGGUGGGUGACCGUGCUGGUGUAUGUGCCCAAUCUAGCUCUUGCCAUGAAUGUGAAUUAUGUUUAGAUGGUCAAGAAAAUAUGUGUCAGGGAGGUGGUGUCUUUACCUAUGACUCUCGUUGGCCUUGUGGCAGUAAAUCUUAUGGUGGUUACGCUGAUAAGUGGAGAGGCGAUUAUCGUUUUGCCUUCAAGGUUCCUGAUACAAUGACCAGUGAAAUUGCUGCUACUUUUUUCUGUGCUGGUGUCACUACCUACGCUCCCUUGAAGCGUUCUAACAUUAUUCCCGGAAAAUCCGUUGUCGGUAUCAUGGGUAUUGGUGGUCUUGGUCAUUUCGGUGUUCAAUUCGCAAAGGGUUUGGGUGCCAAGGUCAUUGGUAUCUCUCAUAAUGAGAAUAAGCGUGAUAUUGCUUUGGAACUUGGUUGUGAUGGUUAUAUCAACGCUAGUGAUGAAGCAUCCAUGGCUAAAUACAACAGUAGUUUGACUCAUAUCCUUUGUACCGGAGCCAGUCCUGACUUUCAAUGGCACACCUACUUCGCUCUCUUGAAAGUCAAUGGUCACUUUAUCAAUGUUAAUGUUCCUGAAUGGCAAUAUCCUGGUAUGAGUGCUUUUACUUUGCUUUCAAAGCAAAUCAAAGUGUACGGUUCUGGCAUUGGAUCUCCUAGAGAAAUCGAAGAAAUGCUUGCCUUUGCUGCUGAGAAAGAUAUCAAGCCUUGGAUUACCACCUACAAGAUGUCUGAUGUAAAUAAGGCCAUUGAAGACUUUAGAGCUGGAAAGCCUCGAUUCAGAUUUGUCUUGGAAAACUAA